CAGACAACCAGCGAGCGCCUGUGGCGGCAGCGGCGGCUUUAGGAGCAGCGACGGCGAGAAGUGGCAGAUCAGAACUCUUCCGACACUAACGCGUGGAGGACGCUGAGUGAGACACAGAUCCGCUGGUGGUGGUGGUGCUUUAUCUGAUCAGGUCUCCGCUGUGCGCGCCGAAGGCUGUGGAAAAAACUAUACAUGUUGGAUUCACGAGAAGACUCCAGAGUUUAGGAUAUGGCAAUUGUAGAUCAAAAACUGUCUGGUGACGAUUCAGAGGACGAAAUGAGACUCGCUCGACAAUUUCCCCUGCUGGGUGGGAUGAGUAUACCGCUGAACCCCUUCUACUUGAACAAUGAUGUUCCGUCUCAGGAGGAGACGGAACAAGAGGGGAGGUGGCUCCUGACAGCUAUGACGACGCAACAACUACAGCGGAAUGGAAUCGUCUUUGACGAGGAAGAGGACCCCGCUCAGAUGAUCUACGAACACCUUUCGGGACCUGAGCCAGAAGAGAUCCCGAGCCAGGAUCAACUAGUUGCGAAUAAUCCCGUGUUCCGGCAAGCCGGACGGGAACUCUUAGCGAUGGCAGACGAGUUCGCGCGCUCGAGGGAACGCGAACUCCUGAGACGCAGAGCUCAAUCCUUGGACGUAUCUCUCAUCAAUCGUGAAAACAUUUUCUCGAUCCUCGAAGAACUCUUCCAUGGCGGUGUCACGAGAGAACGUUUGGUGAUCCUUUUCGUAUUCUGCUCAGAUUUGAUAAUAUCCGUGUUGAGGAACAGUCCUGGUUCGGGCAUCCGUUGGGAGAUUCUGGGGUGGCUAUGGGAAUUCUUUUGUAAUCGUGUCUGCGCCUGGGUUCAACGACACGGGGGUUGGGAGAGAGUGCUAUGCUUCUAUUUGCCAAAAGCUGUUUUCGUCACGACUGGAGUGGCCAUUACAGCCGGGAUAGCUUUUUAUAUCUGGAAGAAUUGGUGAGCUACGCCAUGCUGUCCGGAAGCCUUUCAACCUGACAAUGAUCGAAUCGCUCAGUCUUCUGCCAAAGACUCGAGAAAAAUACGAAAGCGUACACCGGAUCAUCGAUAGAAUCUCGAAAUAUCGAGCAUUUUGUAUGCAUGUAUGAAGUUCGCGCACCACAGACGGCAGGACCAUCUAAUUUUGAGGUUGUGCGACGGAAUCGAGUUCUUCCGGGGAUACCGGAGUUCAUGGAGAGACUGCUCAGGGUUCGUGGACCUCUAAGGGGUUCAACGAAAACCUAAUACACUUUA